UCCGCUCCGGAAGGGGAGGAGCUCAAGGGCAGGAGGGCGGGUCUUCCUCAUGGCCCAGGCCCCGCCCUCCCCGAGCCGGCGGGCGGCGACGGGAGCCGCGAUGGCCAUCUUCAGCGUCUACGUGGUGAACAAGGCCGGUGGGCUCAUCUACCAGCUGGACCACUACGCGCCGCGGGCCGAGGCCGAGAAGACCUUCAGCUUCCCGCUGGAGCUGGUGCUGCGGCCGCACGACGAGCGUGUCCUCGUGGCCUUCGGGCAGCGCGACGGCAUCCGCGUGGGCCAUGCUGUGCUUGCCAUCAACGGCAUCGAUGUCAACGGGCGAUGCACGGGCGACGGGAGGGAUGUGCUGGAGUUCCUGAGCAACCCGGUCAACUACCCGGUGUCGAUCCGCUUUGGCCGCCCCCGACUCUCGUCCAAUGAGAAGCUCAUGCUGGCCUCCAUGUUCCACUCGUUGUUUGCGAUCGGGUCCCAACUGUCUCCUGAGCAGGGCAGCUCUGGCAUUGAGAUGCUGGAAACAGACACUUUCAAGCUCCACUGCUUCCAGACUCUAACAGGGAUCAAAUUUGUGGUGCUUGCUGACCCACGGCAGUCUGGGAUAGAUUCUCUUCUGCGCAAGAUCUAUGAGAUUUAUUCAGACUUUGCUCUGAAAAAUCCUUUCUACUCCCUGGAGAUGCCAAUCAGGUGUGAGCUCUUUGAUCAGAACUUGAAGCUUGCGCUGGAGGUUGCCGAGAAAGCAGGGCCAUUUGGCCCGGGAUUGUAGGAUGGAUUUCUCCUGCUUCAGCCACCUCAUGGACUCCUUCCAACAAGAGCUGGGUCUUCUGCCAGAAAGGUUCCCCGGCAUGCCUGGCUGCAAUUCCAGAGUGCAGAAUAAUGGAUACGACUCCUAUUGCUGAGGUUGGAGGCAGCAGGGGGGGCUGACUGAGGGCUUAGAAGAAGGGAGCACCAUGGCUGCACCAUUCCCGAGUGCUGGAGUGUGUGUGUACACGUUUGUUGCAAUGUAAGUUAUGGCUAGAGGAUUAUAUGCUACUUGUGUAAAUAAAGUAUUCCCUAAAAGAAGAAGAA